UGCUCGUUACGUGCGCGUGCUGCGACGCGGACCAAAAAAUAUUACAAACAAAAAAUAAAAACCCCGACAAACAAAUAACAAAAAAAUAAAAAUAAAUAAACGAACAACCGAAAAAUAUACAAAAUUUCUAAAGAGAGACAUUACAUUACAGCGGAAACGGAAAUAGAAGUUGUAGUAGCUCUGAAACGGAAAACAAAACUGAUUCCAAUUCGAACUCAGAACGACGAACUCUGUUCUCUUUCUUAGCCUUCAUAUUUUUUUUGCAAGUGUAAAGGACAGCAUCCUGCGAGAACUAGCGCCGAUUUGUUGCCGAUUGUUGAUUGUUUUCAUUUUUGUUUGGUGAAUAAACAGACGCAGCAGCAGCAGCCGAUGCCGAUGACGAUGACAAGUUGUGCAAUAUCGAAAUCAAAUCGUAUCGAAAUCGUAUCAUAAAGUGCAGUUAGGAAGACACCGCAACACACACACCCCCACACAUACACACAUCCGGAAUAUCGUAGCAGCAGCAGCAUCAAAAUUCGCAUCCUUAACCGUUAACCUUAACCGUAACCGUAACCGUGCCCCGAACAGAUCGAAAAGCGAGCAACCGCAACAGAAACUCUAAAGUGAAAGUGUGAGUGAAGCAGCAGCAGGACAUCAGACAGAGGAGCAUUAAGUUGGAAACGGAAACCCCCCCUAUAAACGGUAGCCGGCUUGAAACCGGACCAAGUUGCAGGCAAUGCACGUGGAAAAGGAUCAUCCCCAAAGGAGCUCACUCCACAUUUAAGUAAUCACUAAGUGAACAAGUAAAGCAGCCCAGGAAAGUAGUAGUACAACAACUAUUCAACAACUAUCAACAACAACAACAACUUACAACCAAAGAGCACAAGCCAGAAGCCAGUAGCUGCCACUGAGCUUUCUGUCCUUUCCAAGGACAGGAACCUGGCACACAGGCACAAACAAGCCGCCAACAUACGCAAGAAGGUGACCUCGAAGAAGGCCAGCGUUGUGACGGUUGACGACGAUCACAACAACAAUAACAACAGCAACCAUAACAACGACCACAACGCUCGGCAGGCAACCAACAAUACACCAACAUCAACACCAACACCAAUCACUCCAACUCGUACACCCACACCCGCUGAUUAUCAGGAUCAGGAACAGCAGCAACAGCAUCAGCAUCAGCAGGACCUCCAAACAAGCGAUAUCAUGGACGAUACACAGCACUUUUGCCUGCGUUGGAAUAACUACCAGAGCAGCAUCACCUCGGCGUUCGAGAAUUUGCGUGAUGAUGAGGCCUUUGUCGAUGUGACGCUAGCCUGCGAGGGCCGGAGCAUCAAGGCUCAUCGAGUCGUCCUCUCCGCCUGCAGUCCCUACUUCCGCGAGCUGCUCAAGAGCACACCCUGCAAACACCCGGUCAUACUGCUGCAGGAUGUAAACUUCAUGGACUUGCACUCGCUGGUGGAGUUCAUCUACCAUGGCGAGGUCAAUGUUCAUCAAAAGUCGCUGCAGUCGUUCCUUAAGACCGCCGAGGUGCUGCGCGUCUCGGGUCUGACACAGCAGCAGGCAGAGGACACACACAGCCAUUUGGCCCAAAUCCAGAACCUGGCCAAUGCCGGCGCCGGACGCACACCCUUCAAUUCACACUCUCACUCUCACGCCCACUCGCAUCCACAUCCGCACCAUGGCUCCUCGAUACACGACGAUGGCGGCGCCUCCACACUGUUUAGCCGCCAAGGAGCGGGCUCACCGCCACCACCCGCAGUGCCAUCGCUGCCCACGCACAUCAAUAAUCAGCUGCUGAAGCGCAUGGCCAUGAUGCAUCGCAGCAGUGUUGCCGCCGAGGAGACAUCGCAUGCUCUCAAGCGGCCACGCGGCUCUGAUAACAAUAAUGGUGGCUUGCCGCUCUCCGGUGGCGGCGGUGGAGGCUCCGGCAGUAAUAAUAACAGCAGCCCGGACUUGCCAUCGCUCCAUCAUGCCCGCAGCACUUCGCCCCAACAGACACCGGCCGACUUUAGCACGAUUAAGCACCACAACAACAAUAAUACACCGCCGCUCAAGGAGGAAGGAAAGCGCAACGGACCCACUGGCAAUGGCGCUAGCAAUGGCAACGGAAUCUCCAUUAGCGAUAAACUGGGAAGCUUGACACCCUCGCCUCUGGCCCGGGCCUCUGCCGGCGCCGAUGAUGUUAAAUCGGAGCCCAUGGAGCUGGUCUGUUCGACGAACAACAAUGCCAAUGCCAAUGAUGAGCACAGCAAUGACUCCACCGGCGAGCAUGAUGCCAAUCGUUCCAGCAGCGGUGAUGGUGGAAAGGGCUCUUUGAGUUCCGGCAAUGAUGAGGAGAUUGGCGAUGGUCUGGCCACGCACCAUGCCGCCCCGCAGUUCAUCAUGUCGCCGGCGGAGAACAAGAUGUUCCAGGCUGCCGCCUUUAACUUUCCCAUGAGCAAUCUCGAUCACUCAGCGUUGCUUGGUCUCAACACCCAGUUGCAGCAGUCCGGUGACCUCGCCGUUUCCCCCCAAGGACCUCACAGCAUCAGCCGCUCGGCAGCCACCUCGCCCACCAGCUCCACCUCGUCACCACCAUCGCCCUCGCCCACGACGGUGGCCCUAACCUCGCCCACCAGUUCGCUGAAUGGCAGCCUGGCCGCCGCCGUCUACAGCCUGCACAGUCAUGCCGGGCAUCUACAUGGGGGACAUGGACAUGUUCUGGGCUCACCGCCGCGUCCUGGCAGUGUGGGCAGCAGUGUGGGCAGCAACCUGUGCUCCUCCUCCACCUCCAACAACAACAGCAGUAGCAACCUCAGCAAUAGUGGGAGCAACAACAGCAAUGGCUCCUCCAAUCCCACCUCCAAUGGCAACAGCAUCAACAACAAUAAUAAUAAUAAUAAUAACAGUAAUAAUAAUAAUAACAAUAAUGGUAGUAGUCCAGGCAGCCAGGCGGCAACGGCGACGCAAUCGGGGACACCACAACUGCCGCUGCGCAUGCCACCGCCCACCAGCGGCGGUAUCAACGAGCCACAGGAAUGUCCCUACUGCCGGCGUACCUUCUCCUGCUACUACUCGCUAAAGCGGCACUUCCAGGACAAGCACGAGCAGUCGGACACGCUGUAUGUGUGCGAGUUCUGUCACCGGCGGUAUCGCACCAAGAACUCGCUGACGACGCACAAGAGCCUGCAGCAUCGCGGCUCCAGCGGCAUGCUGAAGCGGUUGCUCAAGACAUCGGCCAUUAAGCAUGGUCUGGUGGGACAUGGCGGCGGUCAUGGUGGUCAUGGCGGCGGUGCACAUCAUCCGCAUCCGCAUGCGCAUGCGCAUCAUCAUCAUGCGCUGGCGCAUCAAAGGACCAGCCUGUUUGACUUCACCAGCGAGCUGGGACAGCCGCCGCCGGGCAUCCAAUAGGAGCUAAGUUGGAAUGCCAUCUUUUAAUGGAGAAUAGAAAGAGAGAGAGAUAGAGAGAGAGCCCGCCUGGAGAGGAUCAGAAGAUCAGGUGAUCAGGCUAAGACCAGCUACACACACUUUGCCCCAAGCAGCCGCAGCAGCAGCCGCAGCAGCAGCAGGAGCGGCAGCAGAGACCCUCUCGCUGGAGUCCAAAUCCAGCAGGUCCUGCUGACCCAGAAAUAUCCUUAAUUAAGCUUAGGCAUACUUUGGCGUCAACUGUUUUAUUAUUCUUAUUCUUUAUCUUACGUAAUCGUAUAGAUAUAUAUGUUUUUUUUUUUUUUUUAUAUAUCUUGUAUCUUUUAUGUGGUAAUUUGUAUCUUGUAAUCCAUUAGUUUAUUCGUGCCGCUCCCCCUCUACUUAGUAGUUGGAAGCGCCCUUCGCUGCUUCAUGUGCAAUACCUCAAGGAUCGUGUAAAUACUUUCGAUAAAUCAUAAAAUACCUCUGGAGCUGCACGAGAGAGAAAGCAGGCCACUAAAACAUAUAAAACAAAAUACACACAAACAGCGUGAAGUUGCGUUUAAGGUAUAUACUUAUUAGAUUUAAAGUUAUGUUUAAUCAAAAAAAAAAAACAAGCAAAAAACACAACAACAACAACAACAAAAUGGGAAGAGAACGAAGGACUACACACGCACACUUGCAAACAGGAGCGAGAGCCGAGCGGAUGGAGCAGUAAUACGAAGCCCCCCAGUACAUAUCAUCUGAAUCUGAAUCUGAAAGGUAUACCCCUCCAAAAAAUUCGAAUCUGAACCUUCAGUCCGGUCAGCGCCCGCUCCUACGCUCUACGAUUCCCAACUCGUUGGUUCUACUCGCUCAAAACAAACACACACACACACACAAACACAACAAGUCUCAUAAAAAAGCAGACCUCCUUAUAUUAUUUUCUAGUUUUACUUAACUUAAACUUAUGUUAUCUGCCAACCGUUGCCCGACAGCAGCGAGACCUAGAGUAAGACAGAGAGAGAAAGAGCGAGAUGUGUGUAUUUUUUUUUUUUUUUUUAUGCAUGUCAAAAUAACAUAAAUUGUAAAUGUAGGACUUUAUAUAAGACUAGAGUUAAGGUUAAAGCAAAUCUAAUGUUAAACAUAAAGGAAUUCGUUGCAAGACGACGAGUAACAAAUAACGAGUAACAAAAGCAAACAAGCAACAAACAAACAAAAGUAAAACGUUAUCAGGGAUUAAAUAUCAAGUAUGUAGUAGCAAAGUCUCCUCUUUUUCUACUUAUACACUCACACAUAUACGACGAAUAAAGUAACAGAAAUUAAAAACAAAUUUUUUAUACAGAUGCACAUGCAUAUAUCUGUAUAUAAAUGCAUAUAUAUGUAUGUGUACACAAAGAGAAACAAUUAUACUAAAGUCUAUGUAUACAUGUAUAUACUUUACACCAUUUACCUUUAUAUGUACCACUAUAUAUAUAUAUAUAUAUAUAUAUAUAUGCAGACACACACAGGCACACACAGAAGAGAAAGAACAAGAAGAGCUGUAGCAACAAACAAUUUUUUGCAAAAACACAAAAAACAAAACAAAACCGUAAAGUAACUCAGUGAUUUUUCACCAGCGAAGUACAAAUGUUCUGAAAUUAAAUUUAAUGACAAAAAAUGAAAAGAAAAAACGAAUCGUGAGAAAAAUAUCGUAAGCAAAGCAAAUCAAAUAUCAGCGAGUAGAGCAGAGACAACACGCUUUAGAACGUUCAGUAACCAGCGAGUAGCGUGUUGACAAUAACCAGCGAGAAUCAGCAAACAGUAAACAGUUGCACUGCCUCAACACACACUCAGGAGCUAGAACUAGACGUAGAACUGCCACAGUCUGGGUCCCAUCGGGAAUGUGAUGCUGCCAGUGCAAAACAAAAUAGAGAAUUUCAAGCCGAUAAGUCGCCAAAGAAGUUAAUGAAUAAAAACAGUUAGUAGUGUGCGGAGGAAGGAGAGAGGAGAAUGUGUAUCAAUUCAAUGUCUCAGGAAUUUCUUACAAAAAUUAAACCAAUUUAAACCUUAUAAUAUAGCACACAUACUUACAUACAAUACAAUACAUAUAUCUAUAUAUAAUAUAUACACUUGCAAUGGGGCAUAUCAUCAUCUUCAUCAUCAUCAUAAACAACAGCAGUGCGAAAGUUUUCCGGAAAAAAAAACUAAAAAAAAACCUAGAUAUUUAGAAUAGCAACAGUCGUAGGCGAGUAAUUAGUAUUCUUUGUGCCAUGGAACCCACUCGCUGGCACGCAUGGAAAUGGGAAAUGGAAUGGUAAUGGUAUAGGGAAUGGGAAUCAGAUGAUAUAGUAGUCAGGUUUCACGAGGUCCUCCCUAACCUACCUUAUCAGCGUCAUGCGUCAGCGUUCAGGCGAAGUUCCAUCCAGGUUAAAUAUUGUAUAUGGCUAUCAGGUUCUCCGGAUUUAAGCGUUUUCGUAGUCUUAAUUAAUUUAUUCAGAACCUUACAGAUACACAGAUACUGAAAGGGAUUAGAAGUCGGCAGGUAUCCAUUAUAAAAUGGGAAUUUUUAUGGCGUGAAGCGAGUGGCGAGUAGCAAGAAGCGAAAACCGAGUGGCGAGUAGCGAAUCGCAGGGAUUUUCAUGGCAUCUGAUUUUUUCUUCUUCCACUUACACACAUAUUCAAAUUUUUUUUUAAUCUAAUGUAAGAAUUUUAAUUU